GUGGGUAUCCUGGCAACAAGCCCCUCCUCCCACGGCUGCCAGCCUCUGUAUUGUAGUGGUGGCAGCAGCUGGCACCUCUCCCCCGGUUCUCACCUCAUGCACCCCCAUCCCAGGCGGGCACCCUAGGCAUGGAUCUGUUCGGGGACCUACGAAGGAUGAACAAGAGGCAGUUGUACUAUCAAGUGCUGAACUUUGCCAUGAUAGUGUCGUCUGCCCUCAUGAUAUGGAAAGGUCUGAUCGUGGUCACCGGGAGCGAGAGCCCUAUUGUGGUCGUAUUAAGUGGCAGCAUGGAGCCAGCCUUUCAUCGAGGAGACCUGCUGUUCCUAACUAACUUCCACGAAGACCCCAUCCGAGCCGGAGAGAUUGUGGUGUUUAAAGUGGAAGGCCGAGAUAUCCCAAUAGUUCACAGAGUCAUCAAAGUUCACGAAAAAGAGAACGGAGAUAUUAAGUUCCUGACUAAGGGAGAUAACAAUGAAGUUGACGACCGAGGUCUCUAUAAGGAAGGACAAAACUGGCUGGAAAAGAAGGAUGUAGUGGGCAGAGCGAGAGGGUUCUUGCCGUACGUUGGGAUGGUGACUAUAGUGAUGAACGACUACCCCAAAUUUAAGUAUGCGGUUCUGGCAAUCAUGGGCGCUUUUGUACUUUUAAAACGUGAAUCCUAACCUGAGAUCACCCUGACGGGACAAAGAAGGGAACAGCUAAAUCUAAUAUAUUCCAUGGUUUCUAUUUCUGUAACAGAUCAAGCAGACCUGCUCACUCUCACUGUAUAAACACACGUCCUUAACAGAAGUCACCCGUUUCGUUAUCUAUUUAUUUUACCUGGACAGGUUUUCUUUUCAUCGAGCCAUGUCAGAUUUUAUGACGCAAUGCUUUUUCUAAAAAUGUGACCCAAUAAAAUACACAAAUAUUGA